UUUCCACCAUGAGUUCCUACAGCCGCGUUGGCGUUGUCACCGGCGCUAAUAAAGUACAUAAGGAUCCAUGUUUCUCAUUGGACAAUCAUGGAACAAUGCUAAUGGCCGCCUAGGGAAUCGGCUACGCCAUAGGUACAACAACUCUUAUUCAUCUGGCUGGAGCCAUACCAGUCAGCUAAUAACUCCAUGUAGUCCGCCAGCUUGCACUGCAGUACCCGAAGUCCCCGCUCAACAGCGGACCGCUCCUCAUUUACCUGACGGCACGGGACCCGGGCCGCGGCGAAGAUGCCGUCAAGCACAUGCACCAAGACGAGCAGUUGAAAGCUGCGAAAGCGCUGAAACAGGAUGGAGGACUGUCGGAAAUCAAGUUCCAUGCGCUGGACAUCACAGAUGGCAAGAGCCUCGAGACAUUCGUCGAAGAUUUGAAGAAGACGCAUGCGAAUGGAAUCGAUUUCGUAAUCAACAAUGCAGGUAUCGCGUUGAACGGAUUCGACUCUAACGUCGUCUCCCAAACCCUAAACUGCAACUACUACUCGACCCUCGCCGCCAGCCACGCCUUCCUGCCCCUCCUCCGCCCCGCCGGCCGCCUCGUAAACGUAGCCAGCACCACCGGCCUGCUGGAUAAGUACUCCCCCGCCAUCCGCGCCCGCUUCCUCGCCUCCAAGACCGAAGCAGACGUCACGAGCAUCAUGCAGGACUUCGCCUCCGCCGUCGCCGCCGGUCGCGAAAAGGAAGCAGGGUUCCCCAGCGCCGCGUACGCUACGUCCAAGGCGGGCUUGAUCGGCGCGACGAGGGCGCUUGCGAGGGAGGAAAGCGGGAAGAGCCAGGUGCUGGUGAAUUCGUGCUGUCCUGGGUAUGUGAAUACGGAUAUGACAAAGGGGAGGGGGACGAGGACGCCAGACGAGGGGGCGCAGACACCCGUGAUGCUGGCAUUGGCGGAUUUGAAGGGAGUGUCGGGGGAGUUCUGGAGGGAUGGGAGGGUCAUUGAUUGGAGUGGAUGAGGGGAUGGCGAUUGAUUCAUAGAGAGAUAAAGCGAAUGUGAGUUUUAU